CCUGUGAAUGGCCGGCGGGCGAGCUCCGAGGGGGGUGGGCAGGGCCCGGCAGAGGUGGGAGGGGUCGAGACUCCCGGUCGGUCCCUGGAAUGGCAUCCCUGGAAACGCAUCUCUGGAAUGGCAAUGCCCCGGGGACCAGAAGGGAGGCUGGAGUCCCCGUCCCGCACCGUAUCUGCUCACCCUGCCAUGGGCUUCCUUGAGCCCACGGACAUCGCCUUUUAGGACGUUCCCCCGCAGCUGGGCCGCUCACGGGCCACUUCUCCCAAGGAACUAAGGAGGGGCACAGAGGGAAGGUGAAGGGUGAGACUCGAACCCAGGUCUCCCUCCCCGGGGGCACACCUCGGGGUCCCGCCAGCCCUUCUGUCUGCGGGUGACAGCCGCUGUCCGAGCCCCGCCCCGCGGGUUCGCACGUGGCCCCCGCCUGACCCGGCGCCUGGGGGCGGAGUAGGGCGGGGCAGGAGGCAAACGCAGCACUUUCGCGGCUUUGACAAGCCCGCAGCGGCCGGCCCCAGCGCUGAGCGGGGCCGAGACUGCGCCAUGCAGGAAGCGCCAGCCGCUCUGCCCACGGAGCCAGGCCCCAGCCCCGUGCCUGCCUUUCUCGGCAAGCUAUGGGCGCUGGUGGGCGACCCCGGCACCGACCACCUGAUCCGCUGGAGCCCGAGCGGGACCAGUUUUCUUGUAAGCGACCAGAGCCGCUUCGCCAAGGAAGUGUUGCCCCAGUAUUUCAAGCACAGCAACAUGGCGAGCUUUGUGCGCCAACUCAACAUGUAUGGUUUUCGCAAGGUGGUGAGCAUCGAGCAGGGUGGCCUGCUCAGGCCAGAGCGCGACCACGUCGAGUUCCAGCACCCGAGUUUCAUGCGCGGCCGCGAGCAGCUCCUGGAGCGCGUACGACGCAAGGUGCCCGCGCUGCGCUGCGACGACAGCCGCUGGCGCCCCGAGGACCUGGGCCGGCUGCUGGGCGAGGUGCAGGCUUUGCGGGGAGUGCAGGAGAGCACGGAGGCGCGGCUGCGGGAGCUCAGGCAGCAGAACGAGAUCUUAUGGCGGGAGGUGGUGACACUGCGGCAGAGCCACGGUCAGCAGCACCGGGUCAUCGGCAAGCUGAUCCAGUGCCUCUUUGGGCCACUUCAGGCAGGGCCCAGCAAUGCAGGAGCCAAGAGAAAGCUGUCCCUGAUGCUGGAUGAGGGGAGCUCCUGCCCGACACCCGCCAAGUUCAACACCUGCCCCCUUGCUGGUGCCCUCCUGCAGGACCCCUACUUUAUCCAGUCGCCCCUCCCAGAGACUACCCUGGGCCUCAGCACUCACAGGGCCAGGGGCCCCAUCAUCUCUGACAUCCCAGAAGACUCCCCAUCCCCUGAAGGGCCCAGGCUGUCUCCCCCCAGUGGUGGCACGAGGGAGAAGGGCCUGGCACUGCUCAAAGAAGAGCCGGCCAGUCCAGGGGGGGAUGGCGAGGCCGGGCUGGCCCUGGCCCCAAACGAGUGUGACUUCUGCGUGACAGCCCCCCCACCGCUGCCUGUGGCUGUGGUGCAGGCCAUCCUGGAAGGGAAAGGGAGCUUCAGCCCAGAAGGGCCCAGGAAUGCCCAACAGCCUGAACCAAGGGGUCCCAGGGAGGUUCCCGACAGGGGGCCUCUGGGCCUGGAGAGGGGGGACAGGAGCCCAGAGAGUCUGCUGCCUCCAAUGCUGCUCAGGGCCCCUCCUGAAGGUGUGGAGCCUGCAGGACCCCUGGAUGUGCUGGGCCCCAGCCUCCAAGGCAGAGAAUGGACCUUGAUGGACUUAGACAUGGAGCUGUCCCUGAUGCAGCCGUUGGUUCCAGAGAGGGGUGAGAGUGAGCUGGCAGUAAAGGGAUUAAGUUCUCCAGGCCCAGGGAAGGACCCUACGCUGGGGGCCCCGCUCCUGCUGGAUGUCCAGGCGGCCUUGGGAGGCCCAGCUCUCGGCUUGCCUGGGGCUUUAACCAUUUACAGCACCCCUGAGAGCAGGGCCUCCUACCUGGGCCCCGGGGCCAGUCCUUCCCCUUGAAACCUGCAAGCAAAUGAAGCCGGGCUGGCUGAGGGACCAGUCCACAGCGGCACACCCCCUCUCGGCUUCCUGGCGCCCCCUGGCGGGGGGUGAGUGAACCCCCUCUCCUUGACUCCGCGGCCUCUCUCCAGCACCCUGAUGAGCCCUGCACAUAAAUUGCAUUUUUUUCUGUG